ACCAAAAAAGAUAAAAAAAAAAACCUUCCAAUACUACAAAAUGGACGAGCAACUAUGGAAAGAUUUUCCAGAUAAAAUAGAUGAAAAACUUAUACAAAUUAAUACCAACACACAACUCACAAUUCAGGACCUAUCUACACUCAAUAAACAAUAG